AUGAGUGAAACAAUUACUACGACGGUGCCUGCGUCGCCAACUGUGAAUAGCCUGCUCCGGACCCCGCGGUUGGUGCAGAAUGGAAUGCGCCUGCCUUUGGGCCCGAGCCCCCGUCGCCCUGGUGAGUUCAGCAGCCGACAUUUGAGCCCGAACGUUUCGCCGGACUUUCGUCCUUGGGGAGUGACGUCUCCGAUUCUGGGACCAAGCUCGAACGCCGCCUACUACGGCGGCGCUUCCGGAGGUCCAGGUGGCUACCAAGGUCCAGGUGGUUACCAGGGUCCGAGUGGCAACCAAGGCCCGAGUGGCAACCAAGGCCCGGGUGGUAACCAAGGUCCGGGUGGUAACCACGGUCCGGGUGGUAACCAAGGUAACAGCGGUGGUCAAGGCAAGACGGGGGGUCGUCCCCCUUACUACAAUGGUUCUGGACAUCCCUUGCCUGACGGGAGUGCUGGUGGUCCUAGCAAUGCUGGUGGUCCGAGCAAUGCUGGCGGAAGUCCGUUCCCUUCUGGCGGCUUUUCCCCUUCAGGAAGCCCGUUUCCUAAUUCUUCCUAUCCCAAUUCUUCAGGCAAUCAGCUUGCAGCUGCUAAUUCGUAUCGGGGUUCUCCCCAGCCCGUCCGAGGUGCUAGUACCUCUGAGCGGCUGAUUUCGUCUACGGUGAUCCGGGAGGAGGUGAUUGGCACGCAGCCGGAGCAAGAUCGCGUGCGAUACAUCGAAGUGCCGGUGGUCGAGGAAGUGGUGCGGCGCGUGCCGAAACGUGAGAUUGUGGAGGUGGAGAAGCACGUGCCGCGUUACGAGACGCAAUGGGUUGACCGUAUAGUGGAGGUGCCGCAGAUCCAGUGGGUGGACCGGACGGUAGAAGUGCCUCAGUAUCAAGAAGUCAUUAAGGAGGUGCCAGUCAAACGCGUAGUUGAUGUACCGCGUGAAGUUAUCCGCUACGUGCCUAAAGUGGAGACACGCAUUGUAGAACAAACUGUCGAGGUCCCGGGUGAAGUCAUUGAAGUUAGCAAACCCUACGUCGUCGAGAACAAGAUAGUCGUGCCUAAAUUCAUUGAAAAAGAACAACCAUGUAUCGUGGCCCAGUCCAUGUACCCUAUCAUUACUGAAAGCGAAACCCAUUCAGUGGAAGUGGAAAUGAGAGAAUUCAACCCCUACCUCGUCCCCGUCGACGUUAUGGUCCCAAGACCUGUUGCACGCCAGCUCAUAGCGACCAAGAAGACCGAUGAACACAAAAUCGUCGAUAUCCCGGUCGCCCACUUCAACGCUCUCCUCAAACAGGCCAACCCCAACCUCUCUUCCCAAGAACUCGACGGACUAUUACUCCAACGGAACGGCAUUAUUCCCAUUGCAAGCGAUGUUCCCUAUAUUCCUGUUGCCCUUGAAAUGCCCACGAGGCCUUCUCAGGCUGCUACUAUAGUUUCGGGAAACUUUAGACAAGAACGUAAUCUAAGACAUGAACAAGGCGUUAUUAGACAUGAACAAGGGGUCAGACAGGAACAAAGCGUUCGUCAGGAGCGCAGACAAGAAUAUGGUGUCAGGCAAGAAUAUGGUGUCAGGCAAGAAUAUGGUGCCGGACAAGAAUCCGGUGUGGCUUUGGGUAAAGAGUCGCCGGUGCACGGACUCAGACACGAACCCGCUGUUCUGCAGGAGCAAGCUGCUGGACAGGAGAGUAACGUUCGGCAUGUGCAUAAAAGUGGCAGACAAGAGCAUAAAAGUGGCAGACACGGCGAAUCCAAGGAGCAGCGCAAACAGAAGCACCAGACCGUUCAAGACAACGAACCCAUUGAGCUGCAAGAAGCGGAGGAAACACCUCAUCCCAGCGAAAGCUAG